AUGGGCUUUCUUACAAUAUUGAAGAAGUUGAGACAAAAGGAGAAGGAAAUGAGAAUACUAAUGUUAGGGCUGGAUAACGCUGGUAAGACGACGAUACUGAAACGUUUCAAUGGCGAACCGAUUGACACUAUAUCUCCCACAUUAGGGUUCAAUAUAAAAACUUUAGAACAUCGUGGAUACAAGUUGAACAUCUGGGAUGUAGGCGGCCAAAAAUCUUUGAGGUCGUACUGGAAGAACUACUUCGAGAGUACGGACGGUGUGGUGUGGGUGGUGGACAGCGCCGACGCGCGGCGCCUGAACGACUGCGCACGCGAGCUGCACACGUUGCUGCGCGAGGAGCGCCUGGUGGGCGCCACGCUGCUCGUGCUCGCCAACAAGGCCGACCUGCCUGGCGCGCUCUCGCUGCAGGAGAUACAGGAGGCCUUAGAUCUCGACGGUAUCAAAACGCAUCACUGGCGCAUCGUGCGUUGCUCUGCUGUGACUGGCGAGAACCUGCUCAUCGGCAUGGACUGGAUGUUGGAUGACAUCGCCUCCAGGAUAUUUACCCUGGAUUAG